CACCGGGAGAAAGAAACAGACUGAGAACGGGACGAGGAAUGAAAUACAUAAAGCAUAAAUAAGGCGAAUUCAACACAAUUGGAGAGAGAGAGAUAGAGAGAGAGAGAGAGAGAGAGAAAGAGAGAGAGAAAAGAGAGCAGAGAAGAGAAGAGGAAAAAGGGGAGGCAAAGAAAAGGGAUAGAAAGAAACAAGGCAGGGGGAGUGUGUGCUGUGCAGUUGACUUGAGUGAGAGAUAGAGAGAGGGAAAGGGAAAAUAGGCAGUGAGAGAGAGAGAGAGCGAGAGAGAGCGAGCGAGAGCAGCCGCCGGCCCAUUGAGGAAAGAUGGCUACAGUCACUGCUAACGGAGUGCAGCAAGAGAAUGGAUUCAGCACCACGACCAGCGCCACCAGGAUGAACGGGAUCACGAUCGGUCAGAACACCAUUCCAAUGAAGGACCACGACGCCAUCAAGCUUUUUAUCGGUCAGAUCCCCAGGAACCUGGAAGAGAAGGAUCUGAAACCGCUGUUUGAGGAAUUCGGGAAGAUAUACGAACUCACUGUGCUGAAAGACAGGUUUACGGGAAUGCAUAAAGGAUGUGCCUUUCUAACAUACUGCGCCAGGGAGUCAGCACUGAAGGCCCAGAGCGCCCUCCAUGAACAGAAGACUCUGCCAGGGAUGAACCGGCCCAUCCAGGUGAAGCCAGCCGACAGCGAAGGACGAGGAGAAGACAGGAAGUUGUUUGUGGGGAUGCUGGGGAAGCAGCAAGGUGAGGAGGACGUGCGUCGCCUCUUCCAGACCUUCGGCCAGAUCGAGGAGUGCACCGUCCUCCGGGGGCCUGAUGGGGCCAGUAAGGGCUGUGCCUUUGUCAAGUUCUCCAGCCAUGCAGAAGCACAGGCUGCCAUCAACAGCCUGCACGGUGGACAGACCAUGCCAGUGAGCAGCCGGAUGCAUCAGAUGGCGGGCCAGCUUGGCAUCUUCAGCCCCAUGACCAUCCAGUUUGGGGCCUACGGCGCCUACUCUCACGCUGUAAGUCUCGGCUCGGCGGGGGAGGAGACGCAGAUGAUGCAGCAGCAAGCAGCCCUCAUGGCUGCCUCCCAGGGGUCUUACCUAAACCCCAUGGCGGCCAUCGCUGCUGCCCAGAUGCAGCAAAUGGCAGCUUUCAACGUCAACGGACUGGUGGCCGCACCCAUGACACCCUCCUCAGGUACUGUGGCGAGUCUCACAGUCUUGUUGUCCGUUUUGUGGUUUACAGCCUACCCUGCCGCCUAUGCACCUAUAAGCCAGGCGUUUCCACAGCAAGCAGCCAUCAUUCCACAGCAGCAGAGAGAAGGACCAGAGGGCUGCAACCUGUUUAUUUACCACCUGCCCCAGGAGUUCGGAGACGCUGAGCUCAUGCAGAUGUUCCUCCCUUUUGGCAACGUCAUCUCUGCCAAAGUCUUCGUGGACCGAGCAACGAAUCAGAGCAAAUGUUUUGGCUUUGUGAGCUUUGAUAACCCAUCCAGCGCUCAAGCGGCUAUCCAGGCCAUGAACGGAUUCCAGAUAGGCAUGAAGAGACUGAAGGUGCAGCUCAAGAGGCCAAAGGACGCCAACCGACCUUACUGACCCAUUGGGCACCCACACCCAGGAUGAAGGGCCACAACACCUUAUUUCCACAAGUGCAGUAUAAAGUACAAAGACUUCUUGCUCUGCUACAUAUCAUGAAAGAAGGGUGGUCCCUUGAUCCUGCUGGAAACUGGCCGAGAGAUUGGGUGACUGAGGAGAAGGAGCCUGGAGGUGACUUUUUCUUUUCUUUUCUUUUCUUUCUUCUUCCUUUCCUUCGCAAAUGCCUCUUUUUUUCCUGUUUUGCUUUGGCGCCUGAAGAAGAGGAUUGUUUGCAGAGACCAACUUUUUGCUGCUGUUUUUUAGACAAGAUGGAGACCUUUAUAGACACAUUAUGCUCAAAGCAUGCAUACUGACACAGUUAUACAUAGACACACACAUACACACAAAUAGAUCAACCAAUGCACACCCACACACAUAUACAUGUACAGACAGGACACUUGUAAACAUUUUUUUGAACAAGCUCUUAUGUACAUGUAUGAAUAUGUGCAAAUGCCAACUCAACAGACAAACACAUACACACACACACACACACACACCAGCCUGCUGCCAUUUUGGUUUUUGUGCCUACACAGGUGUUGUGCUCUGUGACAGGGCGAGCUCUGAAGACAAGAAGAUGAAAGGAGGAGAAUCCAGGAUAAUUUACAUGCAUCAUUCCUUAGGAAAUAGGGACCAAAGGACUAAACGCUUUUUAAAAGAAUAUAAAUAUAUAAAUAUAUAAAUAUAUAUUUAAAAACUCUUACCUUGUAGCUGCAAGUAUUACAAUUUAAUAGUAGUCAAAAGAAAUCAUUAAAAUCAUUAUCCAGUGGCCUACUGUAAGUAUGAAUAAAAGAAAAAGGAAAUAAUGUGUAAAUUCAAAAAAGACAAGGAAGCGUAGUACCAAUGGGCUGAUUAUCUGUUCUGGUUGCUGUUUCUGAACCAGGUUGUAGAGUAGAAAAACGUAGAAAACUAGACUAAAGUAGAUUUGCUAAUUUUUGCCGUUGUUUUUUAAAGAAAAAAAGUACUUGAACCUGUAAAGAAUGGGGGCAAAUGAAGGAGGGAAAAAAAAAUCAUUUUGUCAGUCCAUGUGGGCUUAGAGUCUUUCUCUCUUGGACAUUAAGGUUCGGCCACUGGAUAUCUCGGUCAUCAUGAUGUAUAACUCACCGCACUCAGACAGCUACAAAAGAACUGUUGUGGAGGAAACGCAGAAAAGGAAAAAAACACUGAUUUAACUUCCUAGAGUCUGCACUGGACAGGGUGCAGAUACAACAGGCUUCCCACUAGCCUUUGUGUUUAAGCGACAAUCCACUGUAAAGACCAAGCAAAACGGACAUCAUGUGUUUAUCCUUCUUUUCCUUUUUGGAGCUUUUGUAUUAAUGACAGGGAGCGUGCUGUUAUGAAACAUGUUUAAAUAGUAAAAGGGAGAAGACUUGGCUAAAAGGAAAAGGACAAAAUGGACAAAGCAUUAAGGAGAGCACAGAAAAGGAUAAGUGAGAAUGAUAGCUACCGAAACUGCCAAAAGAGUGGACUCGACAGGAAAUUAAUGAAUUGGCUCUCGCGACGUUUGAGACCCUUGGCAACGACAAAAAAUAGACCCAUUAAAAAUAACCGCAUUUUAGGCCAGAAAGCUAGAGAGAAGGCAGGAUAUUUAUGUUCGCAGAGGCCGUUGUUAGGCUCUUAUAAGAUAGAGAAACAAUGCCUCCUGUUUCCCUGCUGUCUAUCUUCUUAUGAAGUUGAACUCUGAAGACCAACUAGAUUUAUUGAUAGCAAAAGAAUGAACGCUUUUACAGCUCAUUUAGCUUUGUCGUAUAUAGUGUAAAUGCCACUGUUAACAUUCCAGAUUCUCUGCUUACUCCAUAUGUAAUACAAAUAACCUGUGGAAAAAAACUACUAUCACAACACAUCACUACCCGCUCUGAAAAUACAGUCAUGUAUCUUUCUACAGCCAUCCUUCAGCACCUCUCAACCAGCUAUACCAACCAGUACACAGCAGAGCGCUCUGAAAUUGUCAGGUCUUGAGUUAGUGUCUUGGAGACCUUAUUUUGACCAUUUUACAGUGCUGGAUGUGGGCCCAUAAAACAAGAUCAAUAUGUUUGCAAUGAGUCUGGAGGGAGGAUGGAUAGCAAUUCAAUCACUCUCAACACUUCCCCAAAUUCCUGGGUUGAACACCAUCUCACACACCCCAUAUAUCCCUCAGAGCCGACUGUUCAAAAGGUGUGGAAAGAGGUGGGUGGUGAGGGGGGGGGGGGGGUAUAGAGGAAGUGGGGCAGGUAAAAGAAAAGAAAAGUGGAAGUCAACAACCAAACCUGACCCCUUAAGCCCCCUCGCCUACCCCAUGUCACCAUGUCCGAGGCUCGUCUACUUGAUCCUUUAAAGUGAUGCUCUGAGGUGGAUCCCUGGGGACUAAAUCCAUGCAAUCAGAGGCCCUGGCCGACCUCUCUCUUCUGCUGAACACCACGUACCCGAGGAUGCCUGCUCUUGGGAAAUAGGAUUGAAGGGUAGAUAAAGCAAAGUGUUGGCAUGUACUAGGUUCCUGCUGCCUUCUGUCCAGCCUGUUCCUCUUUACCUCUGGGACUGUCUCUCCAAAACAGAGCAGAUGUAUUCCAAGUCUACACAGCAUUGCCUGAAAACCCAGCCUGCAUUAUCACACCACAAUGACUUUCACACCCUCCCUAUUUCCAUACUUAUCAAUCUUGCCCAGCUGCUUAAGAACAGUACACUACCAUGCCACUCUUUUUGUAAACAGGUUUUGAUUUGUGUUACUUUGCUGUACAAUGUCAUGCCAACACUACCAAUUUUAGAUCUCUUGUUUUUUUUAUUUUACAUUUCUGUAUUUUUCUGCAACAGACAGACCCUCAUUCUGUUCACUCAUGCCUUCCAGAACCAAACCAGGCUGUUCUGUCGAGCCAGCGGCCCCCCCUGGAACAAUGUUUCAAACCUGGCCCAAUCUCUGGGUUCACUAGCCUUCGAUUAUCUCCCCCACCUUAUUAGAUAUGCUAUUUCACCUUUUCCUCUAAUCACGGUGUAAUCGCCAGGCUCCAUACAUUAGUAGCAACCAAGUGAAAAAUCAUCAGUAUAAUCACUUGGACCAAAUUACAGUCGGGAUGGUCCCCUGAAUGCAUGGGGAUGACAGAAGGAAGAUUAGAGAGAAUUAUGUUUGUGCUGCCGACUCCUGGCAAGCCUGACAACAGCUGACCUGGCACCAAAAAUACAGUGUCUACCAGUAGAGUGGUGGAUUGAGGAGCGAGGAGAAAGCUUCCUAUAUCAUAGCUAGUUAGGUGUUACCAUUGAAUAUUUGAUUGACGCGAGCACCGAUUGUUGCAAAAACGUGGGGGAGAGAUGGGGUAGUGGUUUGAAAAUGCUGCUCCAGGCACAAAAGCUACUUGACAAAAACAGGAUGCAAAUGGGUAGCAACCAACAAUUCCACUGAAAAUCCUCAGUUGCAGCUCUCAAGUGGCCUGUGUCAUUGUGCUUCAGCUUUCAGCAUUUAAAUGUGUCUCAACAAUCUCCUAAGGGGCUGCCAUUUCCUUCAAAAUAUCCUCUCUGAAAUGUGUUGUCUCUAUGUGGCUGUAUUACAGUUGGGACACCUGCAAAGCACAGAGUAUUGUUCAGCACUGAAAGAGUAUUGGUGAAGCACAGUUUCUUUGGAAUCAAAAACGAUGCCCAUAGAAAACAUUGCAAGCUUGGUCCGGGUUUGUCUUAAAAUUGCCUUCGAAAAAAAUAACACGGUACAAAGCAAACUUCUCACUUUGUUUGGGAGCUCCGUGAAUUCAUGUGAAGUAGGUCAACAUGAAUGCAUGUUCUUUACAGCCCUGUUGUGCUCAUUAUUUAUGAAUGCUGAAUUAAUCAAUGAGAAACCUAAUGUUCCAUGAGCAAUGAAAUCUCCCAGACUCAUCUCCUCUGCCGUCUUGAAAAACACAUCCCCCAACACUGGUCCCCUGAGCCCCGUCAUGUACCCGCUGUGACUGCUCCACUGGACCCUCUCCCUGAUGACUCCUCUCCCAGAAAGGCUGCCCUCCCAUGGCUAGAGAGACCACUUAGAGCCAGGGUUAGUCAAGGGCAGGUUUCGCUCAACCUAGCCUGGCUUUCAGCUGUUUAGUUAGCUCUAUGCUAACAAAGCAUCUUAACUGUCAAAGAGAGCCAGGGUACAGGCUUAGAAGGCUAAAUUAGGGCAAUGUGGAAUCAGGGAGCACUCUCAAACCAGGGUGUUUUUAUUGCUUGGAUACCGAGUAAGAGGAUCUUAUCUGUGUGACAUAAAGUUAAAACAGAAAAUAGCUGUGAAGCCAGACUGGAACAACGGAAAUGAGAAGCAGGGAGUUUUUAUUUUUCUCUUUAUUUACUACAGAAGCUGCCGGCUCAGCUCCCAGCCUCUGGCCCUGUCUGGCCCUUAGUCCAGCCAAUGCGGCAGCUCCAGCCGCUUCAGAGAAUGCUAACUCAACAGUGACUCGCCUCCUGCAGGAGCAAGUCCACCACCGUGCUCACUGAAAAACACCCACUCAUGCUCCGCGGGGAACAUUUAAGUUGACAUUUUAGGUUAAUGCUAAUAUUAGUCUGAAACUCAGUAUCACUGCAGGCUGUUCAGAAAAAGAGUUGACCAGAAACAGGGCUCAUGUAGGCCUAGUCAUAGAGCAGCUAGCAUGCUUACACAACCAAAAUGAAGUUAAUGUCAAGAGGUUACGGCAAAAGAGGUUACUAUAUGCUGUCACUGCCUGAUGUAAAGGACUUCUGCAAAGUUAACUUCAUCCAGUGGCUAAGCUUUUGCUAUAGGCUCCGAGUCCAACACCAAUGACUCUAUUUAGUAUUCUGCCAGGUCAGUCCUCAUGAGGAGCGAGAACCCUGUGAGGGUGUUGGAGAGCCCAUCCAAGGGGGCAAGGGAGGCAGUUGCUGGAGCAUGUGUGCGAGUCUCCAUCCCCCUGGGUGUGGAGCACUCACCCUAAAAUAGCAGUGAUUGUCAAGGAAAGGAAGUGAAAUGUAAUUGACUGAAAGUGGAGAGAUAAUUAAAGGAACCUGUUGGACAGGAGGGAUAAAUUAAUGCCUCUCAUUUAAUGGCUGCUUUGGGAAAGAGGUUUUUUUCCCCGUCAUCAUGCUUUACCACAAAAACGGUUUUUACCAUGGAAAUGGGAUUUUAGAGGAGGGGUUGAGGGUGGAGAAAGGUUGGAUGGAGGAAGCAUGGCCAGGCAGGAGCGGGGGCAGGGGGUCUGGAGAUGGAGAGGGCAUGGAUGGAUGAGGGAUGGCCAGGCAACCUCAACCAAAUCCCUUCAAUACUCAGGGCAUCAGUCUCGUUGAUGUCAUGAUUAGUGGAUAUGGUUUGUUGCCUUGCGUGGUCCUAGCCAGGGAGAGGAUGUGAAGAGCGGUUACCCUUUGGGGCCAGUGGGGCCAGUGGGGCCAGUGGGACCAGCGGGAGCUAUGCUGGGUCUCUACCCAGGCAACCUUGGUGGAUUACUAAGAGACAGAGACAGAAAACAGGGGAGAGAGCUCCAGAGGGGCUCUGAAACGUCUAUGAACAUUGCCUUGGAUCUAUCAGGUCAUCAUGUCAUCAUGUCAUUUAAGAAACAGAAGACAAGCUUUUAUCCUACCACAAACCAUACGAGCAGUCAACCACUGAAGAUGUGCAAUCAUGUUUGACAACAAAGCUGAGAUUCAAAUCAAAGUGAGGAAGGCAAAGACUUUUUUAUUCUUUCAUGUAUAUACUAGGUAGUAAGUCAGAAUAUGUUUAAAAAAUGAGGCAGGUCAUAUGAAGUGUAUUAUAGUAGCUUGUCUCUAGAUGUCUGACUGUGUGGGACGAUGAUGUCACUAAACAAACGUAUCCACAGCAGUUGCAGGGAUCUGCUCAAGUGUUGGGUCAUUUUUAACCCUUAAAGCCUUUGACUAUCCAGCCGACAUGUACGCUAACAGGCUAACCCCUAGGCUGAGGGAGACCAGACAGGGCUAGGAGACGGAGAUGGUUUGGUGUGGCCUAAAUUCCAGCGUGGAGUGAUCCAUUCAUUAGGAUUCUGUUUACACGGACACAACAUGCUAUUCCUGACAUCUGAAAGAUUGCUCGGGCAGUAAUUGGAUUAGUCCAAUGGGAGGAUGAUGAGACGAAUAGAUGUGACCUCAAAGACGUGAAGAGCAGGACCGCCCCCCCGGUGGGCUCGCCGCAGGGGAGCGGGAGACAGCUUCAGCCACGCUCCUCCGCCUUCCAGCUCACCGUGGUUGGGUUAGCGAGAGUGGGGGGAGAGGCCAUUGAGACGGUGGUGGGAUUGCCAAGUUGGGGCUGAAAAGAGAUGUAUAUAUUAUCCAAACACAGGUGUAGGAUCAGAUUGAGAAGGGGCCAGGUGAGAGGGAUACACUUAUUUCUAGAAUGCCAAGACUACUACCCUGCAGUCCCCCUUGCCUGCUUGCCUUGGCCUCGUCUCUCCUCAGCUACCUAGCUGCAGUACUCCUGUACAUAUAAUAAUAUAGCUUAUUUUUUAAUUAUGUUAAGCCUUCUUUAUAGACAGUACAAUAACUCAUGUUCAAACAAUUAAAAAAAUGAAAUGAAUAGUUAAUAUAUUUCACUGACUUUAAGAGAAGGAAACUAUGAAAUAAUUUAUCAAAAACAGUAGAGCAAAGGAUUUUAUUUCUUGUAUAUUGAAGCGCUGAUGUUCAAAUGGAUUUAUAUUCAUGUGGUUAAAUGGUUUUCAUGUAUUCUCUCUCUCUCUCUUUUGUUUUCUAUUAUCUGCUGAAGCUGGGAUGGACCCCAUUGUCACAAGGUUUAUUCUGAUGUGCUUUUAUGAUACAUGUUAAAGGGAGAUUUUGCUGCACAAUCCCUCUGUGAAAUUCCUUGUAAAUGGACAAGUUAAAAGAGAUGUUUGUUGACAGAAAGCUCCUACAUUCUGUACAGGAAUUAAGAAACUGCACUGUAGGGGAAGAUGAUGAAAGAUUCAUUAUGUGUGGAUUCAAAGAGAUGAGUCCAUUGCACAACUCAAUUCAAGGGGAAUCUGCUGUUGUAAGUAAUUGCAUGUUUAAAAGGAUUUCAUAGGAGGCCUUUGGUUCUAUUGGAAAACCUCAGACAUUUUGUUGUUUGUUUUCAAAAUGUUAAAUCAUCGUUUCCCAUGACCAUUGUUUUUAUAAGCCAUGAAUUCUCUUUGGUUCGAUCCUCUUGUCUUCAUCUUGAAUACAGGUUUUCUUUUAUCAAAUCAAAGAGUCAUAUCUCCCAUGUUCAUCUUCUCUGCAUGCAAAGGACUAUGGGAAGUUUCUCUUAGACAUAGCAGGUUGUUUCAGUGUUAGGCUGAGAUAACGUUUAUAUUGUAAUAACUGUGGUUGACUCUGAAGCCACUGAAGAAAAUGUGCCAAUGAUAGAUAGUUCCACUGCACUGCUUUGGUCUAGUCAGGUUAGCUCCUGACACCAAGCUGAUCUAAGGAGUCUGCCUUAAAUAACAGUCCGUUCUCUCCGAUAGUACUACCUGUGGGAGCGUGUCAGGCACGCAGUUUUCUGGGGAUGUCAGCGAUAUUUCUUCACCUGUGUUGGCGCUCAUUUAUAUACAUCGAUAUUGUAUAAGUUGAAUUGCAGAGAUGAAGCGUUUCUGCUGAACUGCUGUCAGGUGUUGAGGUUGUCUAGUGUCAGUUUUGCCUCAAUCCCACUUCUGACACCGAUGAGGAUGUGGUCACUCAGUUCCAUUCCCACGGUUACAAGGACCAAAUUUGAACACGUUCAACCCCAAGAGAGCUGCUUUGCUCCAACCCAACUCAAAAUGACAGCCUUUGAAAAACUUUUCAGAAAGAGCUAUUACAAAAAAAUCUCCCACAAUACUUUGCAUUAAUAAUCAUAACAUUCCCAGCUUCGCAAAUUUGCUUUCAUACACCUAACUUUCAUUUUAUUUCUGCCAAAAUGUUGAAGUUAAAUUUAAUUUAUUAUAAUUUAUCUAGGUAAAUAUCCAAUGGUUUAUUUCUGAAAUGUUGUUUGAAUGAUUGAAUAAACGUGUAACUUUUUCAUUUUACUUGAACAAAAUUAGUUAACUCUAUUUCCUUUCAAACAGAGCUGUAAUUUGAAUUGGUGUUGGCACGGGUCUGUUUUUCCCUGACAAGGGGUGGUUUCUCUCCCAUAGUGCUCCUGAACUGUAGUUCUCUAGUUCAUUAUAUUCUGCUUAGACUAAAAUAAAGCACAGUCCUGUAGAAAGAU